UGUUGUCUGCUUUUCAAGAAAGACUUAUGGGGAGCUAAUGGUCUGUGAUUGGCCCUUCGUAAAUGCGUAGAAUUUCUGUUUCCUCAAACUAAGCUUGCAAAUCAGAAAGUGUGUUUUGUUGAUUUUACUUCCAAAGCAAAAUUCUCAGUUGGCAGGUCAACUUUCGGUGGUGAACAAAGUGCAUAGAUGCCGAAGAUUGUAACCCGUUUCGGGCGGAUGUGUUUGUGCUCUGUACCCAUGAAAGUUUAAUUGAAGAAACAGCAUACAUAACAGUGAAAAAUCGAAGCUGGUGGUGGUUGCCAAUAAAGUGCGAGGAAAAUUGCUCGGAUUAAGUUAAGGCUCCGUCCGUAUGUAGGUAUCGUGUACCAGUUUACAGUACAGCUCGUGGGAGUCAUACAGAAUAUGGGAAAAGUCUAGUAGAACAAAGCGCGUUCGAUCUGCUGCCCCGACGAGAUUUUGAGUUCGGAUCUCUGUGAAAAAGUGGAAAUAUUUCCGCACAACUGCUCAAGAAAACAAAGGAAAAGUCAAAAGCUUAGCACGAGUGCGGUGAAAUAGAUUGUAGGAGUGCUAAAAAUAUCCAUCAAAGAACGCGAAUUGUUUAUUUUUACUCGACCUCUUGUUUGUUGUUGAACAUCUUCACAGUAGCCCUAAGGUGAAAAUAACGCAAAACUACAUACCACAGUUGUCGGCGUAGAAAGUUCUUCAAGCGACCGGACAUAGCGAGGAAGGUUGAUCCCUCUUAACAUAUGAUAGCAUUUAUGUAUGGAUAUCUCUGAAAGAUCACUCGCCUUGUGUUCUCCACGGUAACGCAUCACAGCCGACGUUCGUUGUUACAUCACCCACGAGCCACGCGUCACCAAGCGAGCCGGGUGAAACUGUCACUCGUUUCGGAAGCCCCAUUCAUCGACCGUCGGUUUGUGUCACAGCAACGUGCGGCGUGCAACCGUAAACAACCGUGCAACUGACCACCACCACCCAACCAAGUGCCCUCGGAAGAACAGCAGGUCACACAUCGCGCACUGAAGCAUACUGGCGGCUAACGGCAGUAUAUUGGCAGCUGCCAUCGAACGCAGUUUGGUCGUAGAAUUCCGCAGAGCUUCGUAGCGACUGGUCGCGGAAUUGACGAGAUAAAUUGUGUGACCGCGUCUGAUUUCGGAAACAUUACAAUUUUUUCCGGAACGAUAGAAGUGAAAAGUUUCGCGCGACUUUUUAAAUAGGUGUUUGCUGAUAUCGAUUUUAAUUAAUCAGUUUCAAGAAUUCUGUUUGUUUUUAUCAGCACCGAACAUCGUGGUCGGGUGUUUCGUUUGCUACUGCAAUCGCCAGGUACUGGUAAGGAGCAAGCAGGGGCAGUGUGAGCAACGGGAAAACGAAAUCGUAAAUAUUCGAGAGCGGCCAGAGCCAGAAGCGCUUAUCAACGCCAACGCUUCGGACUAGUGGCUGUUAUCGCGACCCUUGGCAACCCGACGGGACGAAACUGUCCAGUGAUGAUUGCAAAAGUGCCAAUUGAAUGUAAAUGUGUUUUGAUUUAACAAAGGGAAGAGCUUAUCGAGAAGCUAUCAAGUGUCGCUCGUGUGUUUCAGCUUAGAACACCAUGUUUCUGUCGUGUUGAAAAAAAACGAGUUCUAACCUAACGUCGCCUAGGUACUAGGGAGUAGUGCUUUAGAAGUGAAUUUGUAGUGUAGUUUCUGGUGAACGAAUCCUCCGAAUCUUGUCUCAAAAUGUCUGCUCUGAGCCAUCAGGUGAAUAUGAACAACUUCAUAUCGCUGCUGGUCGGUGCCUCCCUCGUGGCAGCCAACUCUUCCCCAAGUCACCACGAUCUGACUUCCUUUUCCCAACCGACGGAAUUCUCUAACGGAGUGUCUUCCUUCGCGCUGCCGGCAGAAGAUCGGAUGGCAUUCGAUAGUUACACGCUGGCCUUUCUGAACUACAGCUACACGGACCACAACGGGGUGGACAACACCGAGGGUGAUCUGGUGGGCAAGUACGGCGAAGGGCGCAUCCUGAACCGUACCGGUCUGCUUGUUCACGUUACUAAGUCGGAUAAUGUGGAUGACCACACCGGAUGCGCCAAGGACUGGAACGGCACCAAGGGGGAACCGUUGCCACCGCUAGGGGUCCAGUGGAUUGCACUGAUCAAGCGCGGCAACUGCAACUUCGAGGAGAAGGUGAAGCACGCCUACACUCACGGGGCGACCGGUGUUAUCAUCUACAACGAUAAGGACGAUCCGCGGCUGGAUAAGAUGAAGAUUAACGAUAAAGAACGUAACAUAACUGCCGUUUUCACGACCAAAGCUAAAGGUCACGAACUGAUAGAUGUUAUGGAACGGCAGAACUACGAGGUGACGAUGCGAAUCAUUGAAGGCAGCCGUCACUACCGAUCGUUGGCCAACAUCAACAGAACAUCGGUGCUGUUUGUGUCCAUCUCGUUCAUAGUGCUGAUGAUCAUCUCGCUGGUGUGGCUGGUGUUUUACUACGUGCAACGGUUUCGGUAUUUGCAAACCAAAGAUAAACAAUCGAAGCGGCUUUGCAACGUGGCCAAGCGAAUCAUUGCCAAAAUCCCUACCAAAAGCAUUAAGUCGGAUGACAAGGAAAUUGACAAUGAUUGUUGCGCCAUUUGUAUCGAGCCCUACAAGGUCACGGAUGUGAUACGCGUUCUUCCCUGCAAACACGAAUUCCACAAGAUCUGUAUCGAUCCGUGGCUGCUGGAGCAUCGGACCUGCCCGAUGUGCAAGAUGGACAUCCUCAAGCAUUACGGUUUUGUGUUCACCGGAAGCCAGGAGAGUAUUCUUCAGCUGGACCUGGAUAUGGAAGAAGGUGACCUAGUUGACGAUCGCAGCAGCACCGACGGGGGCUACCAACGUCGGCACAGUGUCAGUCCGUUGCCACAGAUUAGAGCCAGCACCGAGAAUCAACUAUCCCGCAGCUCCUCGGAGUCCGACUUGGAUCGCGAGCACCGUCGAGCUAGAGGUUCCACCAAUUUACAGCAUUCCAACCGGCAUUCCAUCGGCAGAGACAGUAUGGAUGGGGAUAUUGCAGAAAGUAGCUGCGCUGCGGCUUCGGUGAGAGAAUCGGACAACGACAACGACAUCUGUGUAGGAUGUUUGGCUGCGGCACUAAACAAAAAGCAACGAAAUUUCGAUGGUACACUGACGCAGGAUGAUGCCGAAAGUGAUACCUAUCCUUCCGAACCGCACGGAUCAUCAAGUCUUCCCAGCACGUUGAAAAAGUAUAAAGGUAAUCAUUCGACUGGUUCCUGUCGUGGUAUGAAUCCUCCCGAUCACUACCAUCAGCAUCCACCGCAACACCAGCAGCAGACCUCGUCUACCCAGUCGAAACUUCCCUUCCGUUUUUAUAAAACCGAUGGCGCCCAGGGUCGCAAGCUGCGCACCCCGCUCAAGAAUCUUAUGUGCCAGUCGAAAUCGGCACCAUGUGAUGAUGGUUCGCUGACCGACAUUCAUUUGGGAUCGGAUGAGCGAACCUGUUCUCAGGUUCCGAUGGCUACGAGCGGUGUUCAAACGAAAUCGGCACGCCGUUGCUCACUGUCGCGAACUUCCUCCUGUGGGUCGGAUAGCAGAAAAUUUGCUCACUACCAGGAACCGGACCACUCGGACCAGUACCCGGAUGACGAUGGUUCGGAUGAAACCGAACCGAACAGCGAAAAUGAUCUGAUCGUUAAGAGUAGGGAUGACGUCGAAGGAGAUAUUAAGAAAAAGUGAUAACCGUGAUAUUAGGAUACUGAUAGGGUAGAGGAACGAUCGUUUUUCUUCCAAUGUUUCUAGUACUUCUCUUGAUAAGAUGCAAAUUACUGAUAGCGUUUCGCAGUUUCGUAGCAUUUUUCUGUAGGGUAGAAAUCAAACUGACAGUUAAACAGUCCAUGCGUGAUAUGAAUGUACUUUUCUAGACUAGCGCUGCUUCGGCGAUGAAAAGAGAAACCAGUCUGGUUGUAUCGGUUUCGAGAUUUACGGAACUUUCAUGCGGGAUAACUUUUCAAGGUUGUAAUCUAAUCGAAAUGCAUUAUUUUAUUUUAGAAAUAGGAAGUAAGUUAACAGAGUUGUUCUGUAAUUUGUCUUACUUGUUCAAAUAGGAAUUAUUUCUUUUGAAAUUUAAGUCUAAUUUAAUCGCCUUAUGUUAGAACUGAACAAUACAAACACGACGCAGUCAUACUAUUCCAAGUUCUGAAUAUUGUUCAGCUCACGGUCGAACAAUCAACCGGAUCCAUCGAAACAUCGAUAAGUAUUUUCGAUAGAUUCGUUGCGAUUGUCUGUUUCGAAUUUCUGAUUUGCGUUCCCAGUACUAAUUAGUCUUUUGAUUGUGCUAGUUUCACGUAUUUUACGUGAUGAAUUCACACCUAUGAUGCCAAACAAUGUAAGGUGAAAGGAGUAUUUUCCGACUCUGUGUGCAUUAAAUGGCAACAAUGGACUACGACUGCAAUGAUUAAAUAUUGAACGUAAUUGGAAUAAAUAAAUGGUGCUUUUAAUAACUUA